CCCUAUCUGAUCGUCACUUACCGGCGGCAGUCGGCGGCGGAGGGAGGCGGAGGCGGUGGUGGUGGUGGUGGUGGAGCAGUUUUCAUUGCCGGUAACUACCCGGUGACUGGUGAAACCUCUAGAGGACUCUGAUUAUGAAGCAAACCCUAGAAAGCAGCAGGACCAAGCAACCAAACACCACCACCAAUGGCUUCAUCCCCCAUUCUCUCAGGUUCAUUUCUUCUUGUAUCAAGACUGUCUCUUCCAACGUUCGCUCCGCCGGAGCCUCCGUCGCUGGAUCGAUCUCCGGCGACUCCGACGAGCAACACAAGGACCAGGUUCUAUGGGCUUCCUUCGACAAACUAGAGCUGGGUCCAUCUUCUACCAAGCGCGUUCUCUUACUUGGUUACUCCAAUGGCUUUCAAGUCCUUGAUGUUGAAGAUGCUUCUAAUUUCAGUGAAUUGGUUUCAAGGCGUGAUGAUCCAGUCACAUUUUUACAGAUGCAGCCCAUCCCUGAAAAGUCUGAGGGCCGUGAAGGAUUUAGAACAUCACAUCCCUUGGUUUUGGUUGUUGCAAGUGAUGAAACAAGAAGCUCGGGUCCCAUGCAACAUGGGAGAGACGUUUUGGUCAGAGAUGGUUAUAUUGAACCUCAAAUGGACAAUCUACUCAACUCUCCAAUGGGUGUUCGAUUUUACUCAUUAAAGUCUCACAAUUAUGUUCAUGUUCUGAGAUUCCGUUCAACUGUGCAUAUGGUUAGAUGCAGUCCACGAAUAGUGGCUGUGUGUCUUUCAGCACAAAUAUACUGCUUUGAUGCACUAACUUUUGAAAGUAAAUUCAGUGUCCUUACUUAUCCUGUUCCUCAGUUGGGAGGCCCAGGAUUGGUUGGAGUUAAUAAUGGCUAUGGCCCAAUGGCUGUGGGCCCCAGAUGGUUAGCUUAUGCUUCCAACAACCCAUUGUCAUCGAACACAGGACGUCUAAGCCCCCAUAGUCUUAGCCCUUCUCCAGGUGUCAGUCCUUCCACCUCACCUGGCAGUGGAAAUCUGGUGGCUCGAUAUGCAAUGGAGUCAAGUAAGCAGUUAGCUGCUGGAUUAAUGAAUCUGGGUGACAUGGGAUACAAAACUUUAAAUAAAUAUUAUCAUGAACUUGUUCCUGAUGGCUCUGGUUCUCCCAUAUCAUCAAAUUCGGGCAGGAAAGUUGGCAGAGCUACAUCACAAUCAACUGAAACUGACACUGCUGGGACGGUUGUUAUUCGAGAUUAUGUGUCUAGAGAUGUUGUGUCACAAUUUAGGGCUCAUACUAGUCCUAUCUCUGCUCUAUGCUUUGACCCAAGCGGUACUCUCCUAGUUUCUGCCUCUAUACAUGGGAACAAUAUAAAUAUCUUCCGUAUCAUGCCGUCACAAAAUGGAUCAGGAUUUCAAAGCUAUGAUUGGAGUAGUUCUCAUGUGCACCUUUACAAGCUCCGUCGUGGCAUGACUUCAGCUGUGAUUCAAGACAUUUGUUUUAGUCAAUAUAGCCAGUGGGUAGCUAUUGUUUCAUCCAGGGGGACUUGCCAUAUAUUUGUUCUAUCACCUUUUGGUGGUGAGACUGGUCUUCAAAUACAGAAUUCUCAUGUUGAUGGGCCUAGCCUCAUUCCUGUUCUAUCCCACCCAUGGUGGUUUUCUUCAUCUCUUAUGAUAAAUCAGAAGUCUUGUCCUUCACCUCCACAACCUAUCACUCUCUCUGUGGUUAGCAGGAUAAGACUUGGUACUUUUGGGUGGCUAAAUACAGUCAGCAAUGCUGCAUCUUCUGCAGCCGGGAAGGCUGCCUUGCCAUCUGGUGGUGUUGCUGCCAUUUUUCACAGUUCUGUGCAUCCCCAUAUGCGACCAGCUCUCUCAAAUGUCAAUGCCUUGGAGCACCUAUUGGUUUAUACUCCUUCUGGUAAUGUAAUUCAAUAUGAACUUCUGCCUUCAGUGGGGGGAGAACAAGGUGAAUCUCCUUCGAGAACGAGGACAGGUUCAUUGGUGCAGAUGCAAGAGGAAGAGUUACGUGUGAAAUUUGAACCUGUUAAAUGGUGGGAUGUCUGUCGAAGAUUAGAUUGGUCUGAGAGAGAGGAAAGCAUUUAUGGGAUUGCUACUGGUGGACAAGAAUCUGCAGCAAUGGUUAUGGAUACUUUAGAUUAUCAAGAUAAUGAUACUGUGGAAAAGGAUUUGGUAAAGCGACAUGAACAUGCUCGUUGGUAUCUCUCUAAUGCAGAGGUGCAAUUAAGGUCUAGGAGAAUACCAAUUUGGCAAAUGUCGAAGAUAUAUUUCUUUAAGAUGAGUGUUUCGGGGGAUGAAGAGCAUAAUCUCAGUAAAGAUGAUACUGGUGGAGAGAUUAAGAUUGAAAAGAUUCCUGUUCUCGAAGUUGAGAUAAAGCGGAAGGAUUUACUCCCUGUUUUUAAUCGUUUCCACAGGAUUCAAUCAGACUGGAGUGACGACAGUGGUCUGGCUGGAGGUAAAUGUUUUACAUCAUCUUAUUCUCACUGUGACCUCGUUGGGCAGAAAUAUCCAACUUCAUCUUCUUCUCUUCCCUGUGGUUGGGAGAAGUUCUCAGAAGAUGCUAUAAUUUCCCAUACUAAGCGGGUGUCACGCUCGCUUGAAAACCCGCACAUUGGGUCAUCAAGAACACCUGCAACCGUGCAUGAUUUAGAUCGAGUGGAUAGUUUGAGGUCUUGUCCUCAGAUUGUCGUAACUGCAAAUGAGAACGAUGGAGUAGAAGGACAGAAUUCUAUUUUAGCAUUGACUCCACUGAUCCAAAGGUCCUUCAAAAAAACUGACAUAUCAACUUCUCGCGAACUAUAUGCAACCACCAUUUCUUCCGCGGAAGAAAAUUAUGUCAUAAAUACUACAUCUUCUCCACACAACAGUGCACUUUCUACUGGAGGAACUAUAGCCAGAGAAGUUCAGUCUUCUAGUAAUGUUGUGACUGGUGAAGUUUCAAAUACAAGUUCUAACCAUUCUGACUCGAUUGUGAAUAUUCUUGAUGAGGGUCCAGUGCAUGAAGAUAUGCGUGACCCACUAGAUUUUGGGCAAUAUUUUGAAGAGGGAUACUGUAAAGCGUCGAGUCAUGAUGAAUGCCCUGAAUUAACGGAAGUUGUCACUAAUGUUGACAGCAGCAAUAGUCCUUGCGACAAGGAGAAAUCUGAAGAAGAUGGGGACAAUGACGACUUGCUUGGAGGUGUAUUUGCCUUCUCUGAAGAAGGUUGAUUUGCCCCGCCUUCCUGUGUACGAGUCUCAUGCCGCCUGCCAACAUUUUGUGCUCAAUUUGUUGUAGAAAGGCCGGUGGCUAGGGCUCAGAGGCAUGGUGUGAUCGUACUUGUCAGCAGUGCAGGCUAUAUAUAUUGCUGUCUGAAAACCAAAUCCUACUGACUAAUUGGUGGAAGAUUGAGCACGUAUUCUUUGGCUGAUCCUAGUGUUUGCCGGAGUGAAAAUGCAGGUUUCAUCGCCUUCUAAUUCUCUUGUACAUGUUGUAUAUUAAAAUUUUAUGAUAUGAAUGAUUUGUCUGGACAGAUAUUUUUUUUAUUUUUUUUUUAUAUCUCUGUGCUGUGUAACAAUAUUUGUUCUUCAAAGAAAAAAGAAAAUAAAGAGGAAAAUGAAAAAUAGCCCAUUCUGCUGUACAA